CUGUAGUAGAUUAAAGGUUGCAGUCAUAUAAAUGUAAAAAUCGCAAUCAUCUGGCCCCUGUAGCUUAAAAAGUCACAAAUACUUCUGAAUUUUAUACUUUUCCCCGACUUGACCUUGACCAGAAUCUGGAGGUUUGUGGUUGCAUGGGAAACACCCACGAAGUAACUUAAAUUUGUUAUUUCAAUAUUUGGCACCGUUUCUUGACAGAAUCUCAUCUUGCCCCUAAAGGGGGUGUGACUGGGCACACCCCAAAAAUAAUUAAUAAAAACAAUAUCGAAUUAAAUAUUGACGUCCUAAGCUCAUUGUAUAUCAAUUUUGGUUAAAAAUGAGCGACGUAUUGAGAUUACCACAACUCUCAAUAUAUGGAACUCCUCCCCUCAUGGGUGUGGUCAAUGACCACUGGUACAUAAAAUUGAUUCGUUGUAAAUAUGUUUACUUUCUAAACAUGUGCCAAGACUCCUGCCCCCAUAAUUCGAAAAAAAUAUGUAUAAAAUGCAUCAGGUAAUUUUAACCCGUAACCACACCCCUCUCUGGGGGGUGUAACAUGAUUAGUUGUUACAUUAAAAAAGUUUCCCAUGUUAAUAGAAAUACAUUAGAAUUUGCAAAAACGAGCAAAAAAAAUGGAACCUUUCGGGUAUCGAACCCGGAACCUACAGGGCCAGAACCCGGAGGCACUAGCCCAGAGCCAUGUAGGCUACAUUUGAUGAUCGUGGUGUUAUGGUCAUGCUUAUUGUCAUUGAUAUAUGGCUCAAUGUAUUUAGUUAUGUAAGUGGUUCGGAACUCGUUUUCUAUAAGAAAAACUAACAAAACUUAAUUUUUUCAAUCGAAAGAAAUUAAGUUAGAGAAUUAUGUAAAGAUUUUGCCUUUUGUCAUUUUUUGGUUCGAUUCAUCGUUUUGGCUGAAACCUUGUGGGACUUUUUGAGCACCCACGCUGAAUGCAUAUCUUAUGCUUCGCAGGGCCCAACUUUAGCAUAUUUACAUUUGCUUUUUGAGACGGGGCCCCGCUUUCCGGCUUUGCCUCACCUAAGAAAUGAGGUAAGCAGUAGAUUACAUACGUCUCACUACAAUACGAAAUUAAUUUUCAUUUUCCCUAUCCUCCGACACUAUGGUAAUGCAUUAGAAGAUAGAAAAAAUGAAAGUGAAUGUCGUAGUAUAAAUUGGGUGUUGUGCAUGAAUUUCGUGAAAAUCGUGAAAAUAGAAUCAUAUACGGCGUAGGAUUCAUCCGAGAAGAUUUAAACACGUAUCGCCCUGUCAUCUACAACAACACGAUUUAUUCUUUCAUAAGCAUUUUGAGAGCUAUGCCCAGUCUUGGGAUCAGUUUUCACAACAAUGAGAGAGAAUUUGAUGCAAAACUGAUGUUUGAUACCGUACAAAGGUUCACUGACACGGAACCAUUUUCAGAAGAAUUGCUGCUGGCGAUGAAAAGACUCCGGGACGAUGCCGGUGUGCAAGAGUGCUUUGCAAAAUCGAACCAGUUCCAGAUUAACGAUUCUGCCCAAUAUUUUCUAGAUUAUUUGGAUAGAAUUGGGAUGUCCAACUAUGAGCCGACAGAACAAGAUAUUUUGCGCACCCAUGUCAGCAUUUGUGGAUUUAAUGAAAUCACCUUUCCCAUUGGAAACUUGAACUUUACAAUUUAUGAUAUUCCCAAUGUGCGUUGCGGAAGUAGGAGAAAAUGGAACCACAUUUUUAAGACAGCGACAGCCAUCAUGUUCUGCGUCGCGAUGUCGGAAUAUGAUCAGGUUCUACACGAAGAUGAAACCACAAAUCGAAUGCAGACGACCUUGUCAUUGUUUGAUUCAAUUUGCAACAACAGGUGGUACACAGACACGCCGAUCAUUCUAUUUCUGAACAAGAUGGAUUUAUUCAAAGAGAAAAUUAAAAAGUCUCCUCUCACUCUAUGCUUCCCAGACUAUAAAGGUCGUGGCGACGAAAAUUCAGCGGUGGAUUAUAUCAUGACCCAAUUUGAUGUCAAGAAUAAGUCGACGACAAAAUCAAUAUAUUUCUACAAGAUGUGUGCUCUGGAUGGAUGGACUAUAAAAGCAGCGUUUGAUGACAUUGUUAAGAAUCGUUUAUACGAGGGUUUCUGCACUUAUUAAAUGUGAAGGUAAAAUUGGGGAAAAAUGGUAUUCAUUAAUUCAAGUCAAAUUUAUAUAUAUUAUAUUAUUGAAUUGUACCGCAGAAUUUAUAUAAGGUAUGGAAAUUACUUAAGUUUGUAUUUUUUGCUAAUAUAGUAUUUGAGUUGAUUGGGUAAAUCUACAUAAGUGUAAUAUUAAAUGUGAUACAUAUUUUAUUAAAUACUAUCGGCUUUAUAAUAAAAAAAGGACCAAUACAUUUCUAAUUUAAGAGCGUAUCUUAUACCGAGGUAUCCAGUCGAUAACUUACUGAAUAGUACAUAUUUAUAGCAAUUCUUUUUUCCAUGCUUUUUCAAGUUAGGCCAAUCGCUGUAGGAACUACUCCCUUGGAGGACCCAUAGAAAAGUCCCUACAUUGUAAUUGAGUCACAAAAACUUCCACGACUCAUACGGAACGGACC